GCGUCGAAUGGAAAGGUCCUACAACUCAGUCGUUGGAUUUCUUGUUUUUUUUUGUGUGUUUGUAUCAACAUUUCGAACGUCUGUCGUUUAUCAUCAUUGUUAAGAAAAUAACAGAGGCGACGACGACGGCAAAUAGUGUUUUCAACCAAAAGAGAAGUAAAUGUUCUCUCGCUCUUUUGCUGGUUUUGGCCAUAUCGCAAAGUGUUAACAAGAAGAAAAACAAAUCAUACAUCCAUACAUAUGUGUACAACAAAAACAACAACAAGAAACUGUUACAAUUUAGUGAGAAGUUAAACAGCACCCCUCGAGGCGAGAGGAGAAAGAGAAGUGACUUGAACCAAAUUGAGCAAUGAUUGUGCUUUGAUUGAUUUCAGUAUGUGGUGAACAUUAAGCGAGAUCGGUUGUUAAAUGCGCGCGUUUGCUAAAUACAUAUAUUGUCAUACAAACAACAAGAAUACUAAAAAUCAAGUGAAAUAUUGAAUAAAAAGAAAACAUAUUCCAAUAAAUAAAAAUUAAAUGGAAAUAUAAAAAAAAAUUUUGAAAUAAAACUAAAAAAGGAAAAAAUUGUGAAAAAUUUGGAAACAAAAAAUCCAAAAGUGUUUUGUUAAGUGGUGUUUCGCCAAAUACUAUGCUUUGUCCGCCCACCAUGCGUCCCGCCAGUCCUGCUGAAUCGGAAAUAUCCGUUGGUGGUGCGCCCAGUCCCCUGCCUGCGGCCCACAAUCGCUCGGCCAUGGAUUUGAUACAGCAACAACAACAAUUGAUAAUGCAUCAACAUGCUGUGGCGGCGGCCGCUGCUGCCGGCCUAACACGGGCUGCCGUCGGUGCAAUGCCUGAGGAAUACUUCCAGCCAUUGAAACGUUUGCGUAUGUCGGCCGAGGACAGUGAUGCCAAAGAAAGAUCGCCCAGUCCGGUGCAACAACAAUCAAAUCAAUCCUCUUCGGCAGCCAGCACUAAAUCCCAUUUGGAGGGGGUCAAGAGUUUUUCCAUUGCCGAUAUUUUGGGCCAUGAGAAACAGAGGGACUCCUCGGUCUCACCGCCACCAGCAGCACCCGCCACCACCAAACAUUUGCACAGUACCACUUCCUCAAGUGGUUUGCUUCAACCCCGCACAGAACCCUUGGAUUUGGUGCCACAUCCUGCAGCAGCUGCCAUGCUACUUCCCGGCUCUGGUCAUGUUGUGAGACCCUGGGACCAUUUAUUGGGACCCAUGCCCGGUGUACGACCCUUUAUCCCCUCUGCCCUGUUACAUUAUGAACAACGUCUGGCCUUGGAUUAUCAUCGGCAGCUGCAGGAGCACUUCAAUGCCCAGGCCCAGUUGCUGCGCCACAUGAACGGCAUGGAUAUAAUACCCUCCGAGAGUGGCAGUGAUCGUUCCAGUUCGGCAGCCAGUGAUUGUUGUUCGCCCGAAAUUGCAAAUCGUUCAUCGUCCGAGGCUCAUCAUCCCCGCCAUUCACCACAGGGUAGUCUGGAAAGAUCUCAACAUAAUCGGGCCAGCAGCAGUAGUACGGGCAGUGCUGCUGGUAAUGCGGGUCAGUCGGGAACAGCUAACAAUGGCAGCAGUAGUGGCAGUUCAGCAAAUGGCAGUAAAGUGAAAAAUGACACACCAUUGGAUGCUCUGUUCCAGAUGACAACCAAAGAUUUUGAUGAAUCGGAUGAAAAAUCCCACAUUGAUCUCUUCUCAAAUCGGCCGCAACCCAAAAAGAAACGCAAGUCCCGCACCGCCUUCACCAAUCAUCAAAUCUUUGAGCUGGAGAAACGUUUUCUCUACCAAAAAUAUCUCUCACCAGCCGAUCGUGAUGAAAUUGCCUCCUCGUUGGGCCUGUCCAAUGCCCAGGUUAUUACAUGGUUUCAAAAUCGUCGGGCCAAGCAAAAACGUGACAUUGAAGAGCUCAAGAAAGACUUUGAAACCGUCAAAGUGUUUUCAGGGCAAAAAUCAUUCCUGGAAAAUGUCAAUGAUCUCAGUAUAUUGAAAAAGAAACCUCUACAUCCCGAUGCCGUAGUUAUGGAAGGUUUGGCAGCGGCAGCGGCGGCCGGCAUGAUGCCCGGCUUGUCGGCCCAUCCAUCACAUGCCUCAUCAGCGGCAAUGCAGGCCCUAAGUCCUCAGAAAUGAGUAAAAAUCAUACGUAAAUAUUUCAGCAAAACCAACAGAUAUCUGGGGAACUCCCCGGAUAUUGCAUACAACUGAAAGCUUUAAAGGAUGCUUCGGGUACAGAGCAGAUGGAACAAGGAAAGUCUCAAAAGUUGCUGGAAUCAAUGCAACCUGAAGAGACUUUUGAAACCCAAAGUCUUCUCCCCCACAACGAUCUUCAAAUCCUAAGGAAGGCACCCAAUCACCCCAAUCCUCUAAAAGGAAAUCUCUAUUCACACACCUCAUCACCAUUUUAUUUUCGGCGAACAAAAAUAAAAAGACUUAACACAGCUGGUCCGCGUUUUGUCCCAGAACCUUUCGGCAGAUUACUCCUAAUUUGGCUAAAUUGUUAUUUAUAUUCUUUUUUCUUUCAUUUUCAUGUAAAAUUUUUUCUUUGUAAAAAACCCCCCACACUUUAUUAUUGUAAAUAUUGUAAUUUAUAUAAUUUAUUUUGUUUGAUAGUAUUUGUAACACACUUGUAAUUGUAUUAUAUUUAAAACUUUUUUUUUUUUGAAAAAAAUCAACAUGAAAUUAGCUCUUAUAUCUUAUAAUGUCAUGGCAAGUAGUUUGUAAUUAUUAAAACUGAAAAAAAAAUAAAUAAACAAUCUGUGUAUUAUUAAUUGUAACGUAGCCUGUAAGUAAAGCUAAUUGUAUUGUAAAUAAGUUGGAAAAGAUCAAUUGAAGAUAAAUAUAACAAAACAUACAGAUACAAAUGAUAAAACAA